AUGGCCAUCAUCACAACCUCCCCACUAGAGCUGGCUGUCUACGGUAGCUUGCUACUUGCAUCCUGGUAUCUGCUGCAUCCUCUGUUCUCGUGGAACCGUAGCAUCCCCGGACCAGUACUCGCCAAGUACACAAGAUGGUGGUAUUUCUGGCAGUUGUACAAGUGCGACUUUCACUUGACCAACAAAAGAUUGCAUGAAAAACAUGGAAAUAUAGUACAGGUUAUGCCGGGCUACUUCACCAUCGACGACCCUAACACACACAAAGCCAUCUACAGCCUCAGCUCACCGUGGGUCAAGGGUGAGUCAUACGCCGCAUGGCAUGUCGGACCAAACCUGCACAACCUAUUCAGCGAGCGCAGUCCCGUGAUACACAGUACGAUGCGUCGCAAGGUGGCGUCAAUGUAUUCCAUGACGUCCCUGGUUUCGUACGAGCCCUACGUCGACCAUUGCAUCGACCUGUUUGAGAGUCAUCUGACCGGUAUCGAGGAGUCAAACUCCGUCGUUGACCUAGCCUACUGGUUCCGCUGCUAUGCGUUUGACGUGGUGUCAAUGAUUACGUUCAGUGAUCGUCUAGGCUUUCUCAACAAGGGCCAAGAUAUCGCCAAUUUGAUAAAAAAUGUCGACUUCAUCCGGCGAUUGCAUACCUUUCUGAGUGUGUUUCCGUGGGUAAUGCCGGCCGUGCAUUUUCUACGCGGCCUCUUAGCCGGUAACAAGCAGGUCUAUCAACAGAAAUUUGCUAGUGAGAAGAUCGCGCUCAAGCGACUGGAGCCGGACGUUGCCGAGAAAAAAGGCCCGAUUUGCAUGGUGAAGAAGCUGAUCGAUGCUCAGCGCACCGAUGACAGCAAGAUCACCGAUUUUGAUAUCAGAGUCACUGCCGGCGCAAAUGUCGGUGCCGGCAGUGACACCACUGCCAUUACACUCAGCUGUAUCACAUUCUAUAUAUAUCAGAACCCACAGGUGCUACAGAAAUUGCGCGACGAGAUUGACGGUGCAGGUUUGGCUCGCACGCCUUCUUUUAACUCGGUGCAGCAGCUGCCGUAUCUGCAGGCUGUAAUCAAGGAGGCCACACGUGUGUACCCUGCGAGCGGACUUCCACUGUGGAGGGAGGUUCCCAAAGGAGGAGCUGUUCUCAGUGGACAGUUUUUUCCGGAAGGGACAAACGUAGGCGUGAAUGGCUGGGUGGCCAAUAUGAACAAGGAUAUCUACGGCCCUGAUGCCGACGAGUUCCGGCCUGAGCGCUGGCUCGAUGCUGAAGGGGGCAGAAAUAAGAAGUUCAAAGAAGAUACUCACCUGACGUUUGGGCUAGGGACCAGAACAUGCAUUGGGAAGAACGUCUCGCUGCUGGAGAUCAACAAGCUCAUCCCGUUAUUAGUACGCGACUACGACAUCCAGUUUGUUGCGCCUGAUGGGGCGCUAAACGAGGACAAAGUAUUGGCUGGUAAGAAUAUAUUUUUCGUCAGACCGCAAUAUCUGCAUGCUCGUAUAUCGAAAAGGACAUCAGGACAGAACAAAAAUUGA